AUGCAAGCCAACGGUGCAAAGGUAAUCAGCGACGGCGUGUUCAAAGUCGACGGAGGAGCUAUCUUCGGGCGCGUCCCCAAAAUGAUGUGGGAAAACAUGGUCACUACCGACCGCAAGAAUCGCGUCACGAUGGGCCUGAAUUGCAUGCUGUUUCAAUGCAAUGGACGCAAUAUCCUUAUCGACACCGGCGUCGGACCUAAAGACAAUUUCCGCGAUAGGGAAAUCUACGGCUUGGUCCCCAGUAGGCUCCUGCGUGGUCUUAAGGUGAUCGGCAUCGGACCCAGGGACGUCGACGCCGUCGUCCUUUCUCACCUGCAUUUCAGCCAUGCCGGCGGCGCCACCCGCAUGGACCGCGUCGGCGACAUGGUGCCGUCCUUCCCCAACGCAACUUACUACGUUCAACGCGCCAGUUGGGAAGACGCCCAGGACCCAUCAGCUCGCCACGCGGACGUUUUCCGCGUCGACGACUUCGAGCCAAUCGCCGAACGCGGACGCAUGGAGCUGCUCGACGGCGAUACCGAGCUGUUCCCGGGCCUUAAUCUCAUCGUCACCGAUGGCCACAGUCCAGGACAUCAAAUCGCGGUUUACAGCCACGGCGGCGAACGCAUCGUCUACCUGGGAGACCUGGUGCCGACUCCCCACCAUUUGGGGCUCACCGUCAUCUCAUCGUUCGAUUACGAGCCGGAAACCAGCCUCGACCAGAAACGGGAUAUCCUCGCCGAAGCCGAACAGCAGGGCUGGCUGCUGGUGUUCGCCCACGGCCAUGAAACCCGCGCCGGUUAUCUCGAGCGGCGCCAGGAUAUGAGCUACCUGCGUCCCGUGGAAUUCUAG